AUGGCGUCCCCGGCCCGGAAGCCCCCUCGCUUUAGAGAGGCGUUUAUCCUGUUGCCUGACCUCCGCCGCCACCCGGACCCCCGCCCCGCGCCCGCAGCGCCGUCUCGCCGCGCCGCUUCCCGCUGUGGGGACAAGGCGGGGCGCUCGGCGGCGCCGGGCGCGGGCGGCAGGUUCGUGGGCGGCGGCAGGCACCGGCGACGGCAGCCCCCUCUCGGCGCCGCGGAGCGCGGCGGUCGCCGCGAGAAGCCCAGGCACCGCCCCCCUUCCGCUCCGCUCCGCUCCGCUCCCGCUCCCGCCCCCGUCCCCGCCCCGCUCGGUCCCGCCGUGGCCUGGAGAUGCUGUCGGGGCUGCGCCGCCGCCUUCCCCCCCUGGAAGCGACCCACGGCGGCAGAUCCGACGGAGAUCGUCCCCGGGGUGACGAAGCUUAUGGAAAAAAAGACCAAAGGCCUCGAGGCUCCCUGUUUUCCUUUGGUCGCCGUGGGUGUGCCGGACGCCUCUGGCAGGACUAACCCUGUGGCUUUUAUGUCCAACGUGCUGUGCUGUGUGUGCCUGCAGACUGAAUGCACUCCCUUUAUUCACCUUUUCAGAGAGUAUCGGCCAGAAUACGAGCGCCUGAGAAAAACACUGAAUCCACAGGUAAAUCUUUGUCUACGGGAGAAAGCUCAAAAUAAACAAAAGAGAGAGCAGCUGGAACACUUGUGGAAGGACAUGGGCAGCGUGUGUGUGCAGGGCAGCACACUGGCAGAAUUGCCACGAGAGGAAAUACUUCAGAGGGGCUUCCCUCCGGAUAAGCCCUGAAUGUGCCAGGAGGUUUCAGCCGGGAGAAAGGAGCUGUGGAAGAAAAGCAGCCUAAAAAUAGCCAGUGGGGAUCAUCAGGUUUUCCAGGCAAGAAGAACAAGGAGAGAGAUGAGGGAAUCGGGUUCCAAUUCCUAAUGAUUUGGUGGGUGCAGGAAGGAUUUGUGUGUGUUUUCCAGUCCCUUUUGAUUCCUGAGAUGAUUUUAAAAUGAUGGCUUUAGCAAUCAACUAAAUCGGAGGUGUUGUUUUUGAGAGGAAAUGAUGCCAAAUAAAUGCAGAGUUUUGGGUCA